GCCGGCCGCGCCGGGGUCCUCCGUCAGCUCCCGGAGAGUUAGGGCUCCGAGCCGAGCGCGCGGAGCGGCCGGGGCCAGGGGCGCGGAUGCUGGAAGUUCACAUCCCGUCGGUGGGGCCUGAGGCCGAGGGGCCCAGGCAGAGCCCGGAGAAAGGCCACAUGGUGUUCCAAGUGGAGGUGCUGUGCAGCGGGCGCAGACACACGGUGCCGAGGCGCUACAGCGAGUUCCACGCGCUGCACAAGCGGGUGAGGCGGCGCCGACCUCCCACCGGCCCCGGGCCAGCCUCCGUCCAGCCCCUGCCGAGGCCCUGUGAGAUCAAGAAGCUGUACAGAGUGCCCGACUUCCCCUCGAAACGCCUGCCCAACUGGAGGACCAGAGGGUUGGAACAGCGCCGGCAGGGCUUGGAGGCCUACAUCCAGGGCAUCCUGUACCUGAACCAGGAGGUGCCCAAGGAGUUACUGGAAUUCCUGAGACUUCGGCACUUCCCCACAGAUCCCAAGGCUAGCAACUGGGGCACCCUGGGGCAGUUCCUGCCUGGCGAGAGCAGCUCCCAGCAGCACCAGCGGCCUGUCCUGAGCUUCCAUAUGGAUCCCUAUGUUUGCACCCCCUCCCCAGGCUGGGCUUGAGUGGAGCACAAGGACACAAAAGCUGCACCCUUCCUCUCUUCUGGACUCAGAGCCAAGCCACGCUGACUAAGGCCAAGUGGGGCAUCAGGCCAGGCUGAUGUGGUGAACAGCUCCCAGAAGGAUUACUUCGAGAGGAUAGUUUUGUGGCUUUUAAAUAAAGUGCAUGUUAUCAGCUUCCCUUGGCUAUGUGGCCCAGGCCUGCCGCGGAGGGACUUUGGUGGAGGGAGGUGCUGUGCAGGAUGCAGGGGCGUCAACAGGGUUGGAACUCUCCAGAAGAGGAGGACUGCUGUGGCUGACCAGCCUGUUUUCCUAUGAACACAAAAGACACAGGCAUAGCUGCAGAGGAGAAAGCAGCCAGAGAUGGGUGGGGAAGGGCAGAAAAGAGGGGCUGCCCCUGGGGUUCUGAAGAGUCAAAGCCUCUUAACAAGGAAUGAACAGGAAUAAAAGACAGCUGUGAGUG